AUGCCCAACUGGACAGACGAUGCCAUGAUGCGGGCACAGGAGGAGGUGGCCGCAGGCAUGCCAGUACGCCGGGCAAGCCGGGUCUUUCGUGUCCCUAGAUCCACACUGAAAGACAGAAGAAGUGGGCGGGUGACCCAUGGCUGCCGUACAGGCAGAAGACAGAAAUUGUCAAAGACAGAUGAGGAAGCACUUGUGCAGUACUGCCUGUAUUGUGCGAGCCAUGGGUUCCCGCUCACCAAGGCCCGGCUCCUGGCAUAUGCCUCAGCAGUGUGGAGGAAGAGGAGCGGCAUAUCACCAGAGGACCCACCGCUGGGGAAAAAGUGGUGGGGACUGUUCAAGAAGAGGCACGCGGCUGUGCUGAGUAUGAGGACACCUGAAAACAUCGACCGGCAGCGAUCAUCUAAGGAGCAGGGGCAAAGUACUGGCACGCCGGGGAGCCAAACACCCGUACGUGCAGGUCCCCGGUACAAGGGACCACAUAACUGUUCUGGCCUGUUUCAAUGCAGCUGGGGGGAUGUGCCACCAUUUAUAAUCUACAAGAAACACUUCCCUGGGGGCCGCUACACUGAAGGAGGGCCGCCCAACGCCCUCUAUGGGAAAUCACCGGCGGGGUACAUAGACAGUGAGCUGUUCCUGCGGUGGUUCCAGCAUUUCCUCCUGCAUGCAACACCAGCACGUCCUCUGCUCCUGCUUUUUGAUGGACACAAAUCCCACCUCUCCAUAGAUGUGAUUGAGGCGGCGAAGGGGGCGGGUGUCGUGCUCUUACAUCUCCCGCCGCACACCUCCCAUGUCCUACAGCCCCUGGACGUGGGAUUCUUUGGCCCUUUAAAAGCAGAUUUUGCCACGGUGGCUGGCAAUCUCUGCCAUUUCAAAAACAGCUACAUAGUCAACAGAACUGAGUUCGCCAAAGUUUUCCGCCACCCGUACCAGCGGGCUAAGGCAAGGGGGGUUGUGCAGGCGGGAUUUAAAGAGUGCAGCAUCUACCCCCUGGACAGGACUGUCAUCAAGUCCAGCCGCCUCAUCGCCUCUGGCCGCAGCAGCACCACCACUACCACCAUCACCACCACCAUCACCACCACCACCGUUACUGGUCCGUCCUCCUCCUCUCCGGUGGGAACCUCCGCAUCCCCCCAACCAUCACAACAACCAUCACCACCACCAUCACCAUCACCCACCCAUCCCCUGGUGGCAGCAGGACUAAUCCCCCCUGACCUUGCGGCAGUUCUGACCCGGGUCGACCAACCGAAGACUACACAGAGGAGAGUCACUGGUGAGGCCCGGGUCGUCACUGGAGAGGAGUACGAGAGACUCCUCAAUGAAAGGGAAGAGAGAUGUGCUGCGGCCAGAGAGGCUAAGGAGCAGAGGGCCGAACAGCGGAGGGAGAGAGCCAACACCAUCGGCACUGGAACCACCAACCCCAACCCCAGGGGAGCCCCCAGCUGCAGAGACAGGCCUAGCCCCUGCUCCACACCUGUGCCGCCCUCAGCCCCACCGCCCUCCACUUCCUCUGUGGCAACGCCGAGGACUCCAGCCCGUGCCUCUUCUUCCUCCUCUUCCUCCACCCCUGCAGCUACCUCCUCCACACACAACACAAGAGAGAAGACCAACAAUCCCCUGGCACCGAUGAAGGGAAAGAAGAGAAAAAGGAAGAUGGCAGAUGAAGGGGGCAGACAAGCACUCAUGGCACAAGAUGAAGACACAUGUGGCAGAUGUCACAGAGUUUUUCCACCGGGGGAAGAAGACAUAGUGCCAUGGGUGUACUGCCCCCUGUGCAGAGAGUGGUACCAUUCAAGUUGCGAGGAGUUUGAGGACUGGGAGGAGGAGUUUGAAUGCCGGAGGUGCCAGGGGAUACGUGCCAGCAUCAUGGCAGAACUCAAAAUAAAAUUUACUGAGUUUUGA